AUGGCCGCAACAAUCAAAAGACGCCCCCGCCCCUCAAGGACGGCAGUGGUGGCCAUACGCUGCACGGGAGACGCGACUUAUGCCGGUGUCAUGCAGAUGGCAAGAGACCAAAUCUGCCUGGAUGACAUCGGUAUAAAAGAUUUGCGACCGCGACGGGCACGCUCCGGGGCCUUCCUUUUGGAGAUCGCCGGAGGCGCUACAGGAGCUGAAAAAGCGGACAAGCUGGCGCAAAAAAUGAGCGCGCUAACGGCGGACAAUGCAGACGUGUCCAUUACACGCCCGGAAAAAACGGGGGAGGUACGUAUACGGGAUAUCGACGAGUCAAUCACGCGGGAGGACGUCCUGAGGGCGGGGGGAGUGCAGCCCGACCGCCAUUACACUGGGCAGACCCACAAACGCGUCGGGCGGGCUCAAGGCCAUAUGGCUACGGUGCCCGCUAAAAGCGGCGAUCAAGCUAACCAGCAAACCCAGGAUGAAAAUUGGGUGGACUAG